CGUAGGUGUUCACUCCACAUGUGUACCAGUUUUCGACGGCAGUGAUCACGGACAGUCGCGCAGUGUAUAUAUUUAUUUAAUAUUUACACGAACGGGAUUUCUGUGUGCAGUGUACCGUUCUAAAUGUCAUGGACCUCUAACACAUUCCUAAGCAUCUAAUAAUUUUCCAACCUGGCGCCAAAAAAUCAUAAACUGUCCGCUGGUUCCAUGGGCAAGAGUGGAACUGGCGGAUUACCGGGAAAAAGUUCCGGUAAAAGCAUUGGAAAGUCAACCCACGUUUCUUCCAGUCCCAAACCCAGUGCGAAGUUACCUACAAUCACACCAUCGACGUCAACUAAAUCUUCACUCACUCCACAAUAUACUGGAAAAAACAAAUCAUCUACCAGCAUUGGUGUAAUAUGGUUACCGAUACGCAAAAAGAACAAAUACAAGGAAUAUGCAUACAAUGCAUAUCAAAACAAGCAGCGAGAAAAAGAAAGAGCGCCAACAAUGUAUAAUUUCAUGUCAGGUGAUUCGUCUCAUAAUCCAGUGCCGAAGAAGAUCGAGGAAGAAACCAGUUUAUUAGUACCUGAUAAAACUGCUGCUGCUCUGGGUGGAGUUGGAACAGUAUCUCUUCUUCAGGACCCUCCUGACAUUAGCACUGAUAAAGAUUCGGAUGAGAAACCUGGCGAACUUACACGAAAAGAAAAUCCUAAGGAUGCAGCAGGUGACUCAAUAAACGAGAAAAACAAUGAUUACCUCGAAAAUGAUGAAAAGGUUAUUAUUAAGCCGCCGAAUACAGAUCUGGAUAAGAAGGAUAAAUUGAGUGAUAACGUUGACAGUGUGUAUAUAAAGCCUAAGCCGGCCCACAAAACUCGAUCAAGCACUCCCACUCCAGAGGAAGAGAGCUGCGGUAUCAAAUGCUUAUAUUAUACCCUACAGUGUUGCGACUGUGUGCUUAUGUAACUGCCAUAAAUUAGAUGAUAAGCGACUUUUGUUAUUUAUGAAACCAUUAAAUUAAGU